AUGCUGGGAGAGCAGCUCACACUGGCUGACCAGGUAUACACUGUAUCCCCAGCUGCUGGAGAACUACAACCCCCUUCAUGCCAUGCCAACCUCAAAGGCUGGCAAAGCAUCAUGGGAGAUGCAGUCCUACAACAGAUGGGGAUCUCCUUUUUUAAUCAGAGAGCUGAUACACUCUGUAGACAUAGUAACAUAUGGCUGUGUUUAUCUGUGGGGUAUCAGCCUGCAGGGAGGGAGCUGAUUAAGGGACAGUCAGGAGAGGAAUCACAUCAUUUCCUGUCAUUUACAAACAGAAAGAAUCAGACUCCAUGCACUGGGGGAGAAGUCCUGGAAAGGCUUCUUGUUUCUGUCUAUCUGAGGGUAUGGAUGGGGGGGGGGGCUAUUUGUGAAAUGACUGCUGGUAUUAAAACGGGUGGAGGUGAUGGGAGUUGCAGUCCACUGAAGUGAAAUGAAACAAAUUCUUAAUUAUUAUUAUUUUUUUUCUUUUCUUUUUCUGCACUGUGUGCCAAGUAUUGGGUAACACAGGGGUUCCCAAUUAAUUUUUCCAGUGGAACCCUUUGACAUAAUGUGCUAACAACGUGGAACCACCCAAAUUUCUUGGCGCCCUAGUGCAGAUAGUCAGGGCCGGUACAAGGAUUUUUGCCGCCCUAGGCAAACAAAUUAUUUGCCGAUCCCACUCCCUCCCCCCAUGUAGUGACAUCACAAUGUCCUACCCACAUGAUUCGGACAUGUCAUGACAUCACGUACAUCCCAUCCCUGAGGGACUGAUUCUACAGCAGUCUGGACCACUGGCCAGUAUUAAGGCUGUUUGCUGGUUUUGCCGGGCAGCUCAUUUGCCCAGACUCCAGUAAAGCCGCCACAUGUGCGCAUACACAUGCGCAGCCCAUCUUUUUAGGGUGUGCACCAGGAAAUUCUUUCCUUGUGUUAUUUUGUUAUUGCUAGGUAAGUGAACAUUUAAUACAAUGUUGGGUGGAUGUGUGGUGUGGGUGUGUAUCUUGUGCAGGGUUGCUGAACGUGUUGUAUCUAUGUGUGAAGUGUAUGUUGUGGCUUUCUUUGCGUGUUGUAUGAGGCUGUGUAAUGUGUGUAUAGCUGUGAGUGUCUGCGUGUGGGUAACUGUGAGUGUCUGCGCGUGGGUAGCUGUGAGUGUCUGCAUGUGAGUAGCUGUGAGUGGUAUUUGUAGCAGUGUGAGUAGCUGUGAGUUUCUGCUUAUGGGUAGCUGUGAGUGGUAUUUUUAGCAGUGUGAGUAGCUGUGAGUGUCUGCUUGUGGGUAGCUGUGAGUGGUAUUUGUAGCAGUGUGAGUAGCUGUGAGUGUCUGCUUGUGGGUAUCUGUGUGUGGUAUUUGUAGCAGUGUGAGUAGCUGUGAGUGGUAUUUGUAGCAGUGUGAGUAGCUGUGAGUGUCUGCCUGUGAGUAGCUGUGAGUGGUAUUUGUAGCAGUGUGAGUAGCUGUGAGUUUGGUCCGCUAUGAGUGUUAUGUGCGGCGAUGUAUGGAAAAUGUAUGUGGGAAGUAGUGAAAUUUAGUACAAGAUGUGAAGAGAGAUUCAAGUUAGCUCCCCGUCAGCCCAAUAUAGCGGGGGGGUGGGAGCGUAUAUGCGCUGAAGUGAGGGUUGAAAGGCAUCAGUCAGAGAUAGGGGCUGUAGUUGGGGGGGGGAGGGGUUUAAGUGGUAGGUUAGGGGCAGUAGUGUGGUGGUUAGGACCUGUAGUUGGGGGUUAGGACCUGUAGUAGGGGGGACAGGGGCCUAGUGGGGGGUUAGCGUCAGCAUUGGGUAGUUAGGAUCUGUAGUGGGGGAUCAGUGGCAGCAUUGGGUAGUUUGGACCUGAAGUGGGGGGUCAGGAGCUGUAGUGGGGGUUAGUGGCAGUAUUGGGGCUUAGGACCUGUAGUGGGGGUAGCAACAGUAGUGGGGGUGGGGGACUGAGUUUUUCUUACCCCUCCAUGAAACUUAUCUUGGCCAAAGAGACGAAAUCCAGCUCCCUGUUCAUCUGGUGGGAAAUGCAACUCCUUCCGGGAGGUGCCAGGAUAUGCACGGCAUAUGCCCUAAUACAGCUUCGGCGGGCGCGGCGAUACAGCGCCGGGCGGCUCAAUACAAAUUGAGCUAUGUGCACUCCUGGCGCUCCCUCAAUUGUUCUUUUCUGAGCAGCGUUGGCGCUUCUCUCAACAGUGCUGCGCGGCACAAACACACAUACACACACACUGAUUGACAAACACACAUACACAAACUCACUGACAAACACACAUACACUCUCACUGUCAAAUACACACCCACUGACAAGCACACAUGCACUCUCACUGUCAAGCACACAUACGCUCUCACUGACAAGCACACAUACACACUCACUGACAAACACACAUACACACACACUCACUGACAAACACAUACAAACUCCUUAACAGACACACACACACAAACACAGACAAUUAUUAUUAUUUUUUAAAAAUUUCACUCCACCCAGCCUCUCUACCUUUGGGAGUGCUGGCAUGGAGUCUCUAUUUCCCUGGGGUCCAGUGGGGCUGCUGGGCUGAGCGUCUGGCGUGUAGUCCCUGCGGUCCAGUGGGGCUGCUGGGCUGAGCAGCUGGCAUGCAGUCCCUGGGGUCCAGUGGGGAUGCUGAGCGUCUGAGCAUACGGUCCCUGGGGUCCAGUGGGGCUGCUGAGCAUCUAGGCAUACGGUCCCUGGGGUCCAGUGGGGCAGCUGGGCUGAGCGGUUGGUGUGCGGUCCUUGGGAUCCAGUUGGGCUGCUGGGCUGAGCGGCUGGCAUGCAGUCCCUGGGGUCCAGUGUGGCUGCUGAGCUUUUGGGCAUACGGUCCCAGGGGUCCAGUGGGGCUGCUGAGUAUCUGGGCAUACGGUCCCUGGGGUCCAUUGCGGCUGCUGGGCUGAGUGGUUAGCGUGCGGUCCCUGGGAUCCAGUUGGGCUGCUGGGCUGAGCGGCUGGCAUGCAGUCCCUGGGGUCCAGUGUGGCUGCUGAGCGUUUGGGCAUUCGGUCCCUGGGGUCCAGUGGGGCUGCUGGGCUGAGCGGCUGGUAUGCGAGCGUACAGUGCGGGCGGCGAGGGAGCAGUGAUCUUCCUGUUCAGCUCCCUCACGCGCCUCUUUGUGAUGCCGACGUGAUAUUCCGGCUCUGGCAUCACUGCGGUGCGAGUGAGGGAGCUGAGCAGGGGAGAGUGCUCCCUCGCCGCCCAUCUCAAUUAUCAGUGGUGGCCAUUUUUUCCCCCGAAAUUGCGGUGAAACCCCAUUUGUGUUCUCGCAGAACCCAGGGGUUCUGUAGCACACUGAUUGGGAAACGCUGGGGUAACACAACUAAUCUGUUAUAAUUCAUCUUUUAUCAGGGAUACUUUGUGUUGUUACCAAGGCGACCACAUAUCUUCUUUCAUUUAAUAAAUGCAUGCUUCGGGACUGUAAUCAGUCAAAUGUACAAUAAAAGCAAAGUGAUAUACAUUAUUUUAGAAACGUCCCUGAAUGAGUGAUGUCAUUCAGCACACAAAAAGUUAUGGACUUCAAUUCCCAUAAUGUUCCUGGUAAGCUUAGAACUGACAGCCUAAAAUAGUGAUGAAUUGGGAUACCUAUAUUACAAAUUGAAUAAAAGUUGCAUUUAUUUGCCCGAAAUGGUGGAUCAGUUUUAUUCCCUCUAAAAGACUUCACUAAAUACCUUACGCCCACUCGUUUUAGUGACUUGGAGGUGAGACUAGGAGGUAGUAAGAUCUGUUUUCUCAGAGUACACAUCACAUUAGCAAAGUCCACUUGCAUCUUCCACUCUUUAAACCUUUGACACACAGAUAUAAUCAAACAGUUCAUAACAGUGCUGAUAGGAUUUGUAACAUCAAUCUAAUACUUAUUGGAAGGUAGUCAUUAAUUACAGAAGUUCUCUUGUUAAUUAUAAUGUAUGACUACAGGUAAAAUUGUUUUGGGGGGAUUUUUUGUGUGCCAAAUUUGAUAAAUUAGUGUCUUUUUUUUUUUUUACCCUUAAUCUUUGAAACCUUUCUUAGUUUUCUUUAAUAGAUUAUGUCUAUUUUGUUGUAAUUAUUACCAUCCUUUUCGUUCCAGAAGAGAUUUUAUGAUGAAACAUUGAAGCGUUGAGGAUUAUGAUCUUGCACUUUUCACAAAUUGGUUGCCACAAGUUACAUCCUGAGAAGCUCCUGAAUUUGGUAUCGUUUUAAGAAAACCAAUGUUUUUGCACGUUUGGUAAGAGACAGAAUAAUACACGUUUUUAUUAUACUGUAAUAGUUUGGAAUCCUUUGUCUGUCAAUUUCUAGAGAUACAUUUAAACUGGUCUGGAUGUUCAGUGAAUCAGAAUAAACACAGUUCUAAUAAAUAAUAUAUAAUAAUAUAUUAAUAGGACUUUAUUAAAUGAGAGCUCUAAAUACUAAAAGCACAACAAAUCAAUGUCAUGUUUAUGUUGCAAAUAGACUUUAGGCUCUAACCCACAUUUGUUGUCUAAUUGUUUGGAAUCAGUCUGAGAAAAGGAGAACAUUUACCAGCGCCGUAGCCUGUUCCCUCUACAGCACCAUUGAUAAUGGAGAAUUGUUUUGUUUUGUGAAUAUUAAUUCUGUGCAAACUGUAUGCAAAGAGCUCUGAGAACUGCUUAAAGGGACACUAUAGUCACCGGAACAACUACAGCUUAUUGUAUUUGUUCUGGUGAGCAUAAUCAUUCCCUUCAGGCUUUUUGCUGUAAACACUGCACAUUUUGCACAGAAUGAAUGUCUGUCAGUUUGAUAGAUUGUCUCCCAGACCCGCGAUAUCCACGAAACAGUCAUAUUAUCCAGGAUUUCCUUCUUCCAUAGUAUUAUAUGUUUUAUUAUACGUAUAUAUACAGAGUGACAAAUUAAUGCCUUUACAUGUAACAGAGCGAGCUGGUGGCACAGCUCACAAAACAUACAAUGUAUGUAGCAGUGAUAACCUGUCUGGAUGCUGUGUCCCUCGCAUCAACCUCAGAUUUCUAACCCGGAUGAAGAACCGAAUGACUGGAGAGGCGCAGAAGAAUUAUCCUGCCAGCUGUUUAAGUCCGGCAUACUGGACCCAACAUUUACCAACGCGUUUCACCCAACUAAUAGUGCUUUGUCAAGACAAAGCACAGCCCACUAGUACCGGAAUCAGACACUUUGUAGGAGUGAGUAACUGUAUCCUCUGUAUUUGUCUGAAUUUUAUUAAAACUAUUUUACUGAGGCAAUUCCAAUGUGGAUGUUUUAACUGGAGUGAGGCGUUUUUCCUGGUUUAACUGCUAAAUGUAUUGCUGCCAAUGAAUAUUUUUUAUUAGUUACUCAGCUUUUUAUAUUUUAUCUGCACUUGAUUAGCGCUUUCUUAUUCUACUGUUAGAAACUUGAAUAACCUGCACCCACUUAUUUCAAAUGAUAAAACAUUUCCUGCCCAGUCUGAUGUAAUGCAAGAGGGCCAGCAUAGCUUUGGCAGAUUAACAGUGGGUUUCUCAUUGAUGUGUAUUUAGCAUUUUCUUUGCAAAUAUACACAAGGGAAGCAUGUCUGAGGAGAGUUUACAUUGGUAAACAAAAGGAAGCUUUUAGAUUAAAUUUUCCGUAAAUUACUGCCAGAACUGUCACCAUCUGCGCCCAAAUCUUCUGGCUUCAAAUUUUGGCAGCCGCAUGGGCUGUGAGUUACAUCACGGUCCAUGUGACCCUUGUGUUCUCAUCUUCCCAGAAUGAUGCCUGUCUCUAUGAGAUGCUGAUGGCCAUUUUUGUUGACUGGCUUAAAAUUGUGUCGCAAGAAACUGCAGAUGAGGUCAGGGAUUGAUUGAUAUCAGCGGGAGAGUUUACCAGUUUGUAUGCUGGCCAUACUAUAAAUGUAUUCCCUAAAGUGUGAAAUGUCAGGAAUGAAUUUCAAAUUUUAGGUCAAUAUAGCUGAAUUGAAAGCAUUGCUAAAUUGGACUAUUUUUUUUCUAGUUAAAUGAUUUUGGCCUAGAAUGUGAAAUUCACUUUGAAUCUGUCCAAAUUUGUUCUUUUCUGAAUAACCAUUUUUGUCAUUUUGUCUUACUUACAUUUUAUGAAUAACUUUAAGACUGAACAAAAUAUUAAAUAAAUCCCAACAUAACUCAUCACUAGUUUGUAAUACAGAAUGUGUCUAUUGUAAAAUGAAAGCUAAAGGACUAACUAAGGAAAGUGAACAAUUUUCCAUAAGAGGAAUUGAUAGUCAACAAGCUACGGAUAAUUCAUUAGCGCCAAUUACACCAUACCAAAUAUACCAUCUGGUGCUGACUUUGUAAAUGGAUCUCAUAUAAAAGAUAUCAUCUUCUGUACAUAGUCAAACUAAUCCCCAAAAGUUAAGCAUUCAUUGUAAUAUCAUUGAAAUUGGUUCAUUAAUAGAAAAAGUUAUUGACUCCCCAAACACUACUCUGAAUUUUAUUCCACUCUCUAUUUACUAAAAUCAAAUACAGAGUUUCUGUUAGGUGAUGCUAAUCAUUAAUAUUGAUCUGACGGGUUAUCAAGACGUCAUCUUAGCUCCCUGUCAAUCUAACAGAAACAAUAUAUUAUGUGCCUUGCCAUGCCAGGACUGAACUGAAUUAUGAUGUCAUUUGCUGAAUAUUAAAUAUAUUAUAAAAAGUAAAUGAAGCAUCACAUGAAAAAACAAGAUUCACACACGUUAUAGUUCAUUUUUCAAUGUUUUAUUGAGUGGUGUGAUAGUAGAGUGAUAGUUCCCUUUUAAAUGCAGAACUUUGUGUUUUUAUCCAUAGUGGAUUAAUUUUUCUCCUUUGUUUAAUAUGAAAUAUUCCUAAUCCAAAGCACUAUUUCAUUAACGUUACCAAUUGUUAACACAAGAUGCAUUCUCUUUUUAUAGGUCAAACAUUUUUGGGUGAAUUUAAGAACUGUCUCCAGAUUCAUUGGCAUACAGUGACCGCAGGCUGA